GACGCUGUCAACUGAACAGAUAAGUUGGUGGCACUAUACAUUGCAAUUGUAUUUUCAUUACUUGUAGAUGUGCCCUACUAAAUUAUUUUACUUCAUGGCAAAUUUUUAUCAUAAUUUGUUAGCUCUACUAAGGACUACUUUUUUGUAAUAUAUCGAUAAUCAAUUUUCAUAAAUAGGUUAUAUUUUUUACAUCAUUUCUAUUUAUCGUGUAAAAAGGCAGAAUUUAUUGACUUUAUCAAGCAACUAAGGAACAAAACUUAAUAAUGAGUACAGCGGAGUAUAUCCAAAUAAAGGACUUGAAACCAGGCAUGAAGAACAUAAACUCCAUAUUUAUAGUAUUAGAGGUAGGCCCAGUGACAUUGACGAAAGAAGCAAGAGAAGUGCGUACAUUACGCGUUGCAGACGCCACUGCUUCUGUUAAUCUUUCAGUUUGGGAUGAGCCUGGUGCAUUGCUGCAGCCGGGUGAUAUCAUACGUCUCACGCGAGGCUAUGCAUCAUUAUGGCGCUCCGCACUUACUCUUUAUUCUGGUAAGUCGGGUGAUAUCCAAAAAGUGGGAGAGUUUUGCAUGUUGUUUAAUGAACAAGUGAACAUGAGUGAGCCUCAGCCGGUUUCUUCAGCUCCACCUCCCGGUGCACAACCGCCGAACGAUCGUAGUAAUGGGGCUCACCCCGGGCCACGUUCAUUAAUGUCGAACACACCUGCAGGUGGCCAGGGGACUCAACAUACUGCACCUAAGCAAGAGCGCUUUGGAGCAGGGGCUCCACAGGAACACUCAGGAAAGCAUACCCAUAAGACUUAUGUUAGAGGCAGGGGCCAUCAACGAGGUAAUAAUCGCAGAUUGCAAGCAAAUGAAUAAUUAUGUAAUAUUUUUAAAAUGGAUUUCCCUUGGUUAUUAAGAGCGUUUCUGGUUCAAUAUUUUUGUGUAUAUUAGUAUAAGUAAAAAUGUUAUAGACUGUAUAUAUACAAGAAGUUGUUCUUAGUUUAUAUUCUGACCUAAAAAGAAUAAAAAACAUUAAUAUAUUGCAAAUAUUAAAAAAAAAAAACAGAUAAUAUUUGGGCAACAGUUAAUAUUUAACAUCAUAUACUGACUUCAAUCUGUUCCAAUUUCAAGUAAAUUUUCUUGAUUUAAAGUUUAUUAAAACGAAAGCAAUGUUUGUGUUAUAUUGUAACCUUUACAGCAUUGAAUGUUAAAUUUAAGCAGCUAAGAUGUGUGGGAAAAUUCUCAUUUACGUUGUAGAGCCAUGAUGCAGCUAUAUUAGUAGUAUAGUUGUAGCAUGAAUGGGUCGGCUCGACUGGGGAAGGACGACAUUCUCACAGAAUACCAGCAUAAAAUAGCAGCUUAACACUGCUGUGUUUCGUAUGGUGAGUGUAGAGAACCGGAGACCCUUUUAUCUGGAAAAUAGGCAUUCCAUCUUAGUCCUCACGGGUGAUAACGCAUCUGCAUUUUAAUUCUUUAUUGAGGAUAGAUGUGGAUGUAUAUGGGUCAUAGCAACCACUUACCAUCAGGUGGACUGUGUGCUCGUUUGUCAUCCUAUCCUAUAAAAAAAUGUCUCUUAUCUAGUUUGAAGAGCACCUUCCUAACCUCAAUUGUGUGCACUAUCCACUGUUACUGCUAAUUCCAAUACUAGAAAAAUCACACCAUCAUCAAUUACAUGUGUUUGACCACUAAAUGAGGCAUCAUCAGAAGUGGAUGCUAUGUUCUAUAGACUUCUACAUUUAUCCUCAAUUAAGUUUAAAUUUAGAAGCAUUGUCGUCCCUGGAGAUUUGUUUUCAGCCUUGUUUCCAGUAAAAUGGGUCUUCAAUUCUUUACACUCCCCAUAAGUAACACUGCAGCAUUAGUUACUAUUUUAGACAUUCUGUGAGAGUGUGGUUCUACCUCAGUUGAGUCGACCCGUCGUCCUACCACAGUAAUAUAACUGCAGUGUGGCUCCACCAUGAAUAAACCAACAAGGGCAUUUUCCAUAGAUUGCCUCCAUAGAGAAGAUAUUUGACAUAGUUGCCAUCUUUGGCAGGUAUCUGAUUAUUCUACAUGAGUAUAGGCAUAUUACAGGCCUUGCCAAACAGGAGAUCCUAGUAUUGGCAUUAUGUUGUUUAAAAAUGUAGAAAGAGUAUUAGUAGUGACAGGGAGUCAUAAUCUCAUGGAAAAAUACGAUAUACACAUGGAGAGGCCUUAAUCAUCUAGUGAUUUGUUUGGAAAUUAAAUCAUAAUGCGUUAAAAGUCAUCAAACAAAGUUCCAAUCAUGAAUUAUUUAUAAAAAUAAUUGAAAAACAGUUCAUGUUGUCAUGAUCAUUUUAUAAUAUUUAUUGCUAUAGCUGAAAAAAAGCAUCUCAAUUUGAAGACUUUAUUUUUUUGGUAAGACUAUAGGAGUUAUAUAUAUUGCCUGUCUUAAGUGUAAGUUUGCAGUUGGCGACAUAAAAUUAUAAGGUAUUUAAUCAUAAGGUAUAAAUGUAUUUAAAAUAUAAGGCCAGAACAAUUGUUAUUUACAAUAUAUGCACGGAAGAUUCAGUGCUCUGUCAUUUCAAUCAAGAUAAACUCAUGAAAUCCUUAAAUGCUCAGUAUUCAGAUUAGUUAAACUACCACAGUUAACCACCUAAGAAAUGAGUUAGCGCCAAAAUAAAGCUCUUUGUUUGUUUGUAAAAAUGCAUAUUUUUAAAUUAGCUCUAAACAUUUGAUAGAUUUCUUUAGUGUUGUGAUUUUUCGCAAGACAUUUUUUCAAGUUAAAAUAAACAUUUCUCAUCAUUAUGUGAAAUUAUAUUUCGUUUUUAUAACUUUCUUUGUUUAGAUGUCUUUUAAUGUACAAAAUUAUAUGUAACUUUUUAAAUCAUGUUGGGAAACUUGAGAGGUUUAAAGAUU